AUGCCCUAUAUUGAGAAUAUUCAGACGGAAAUUCUUCGUGAACUAACCUCGCCCAAGCAUCCACCGUUAGAGAACGGCCUAACCUGCAUGGCACUCUUUGCGCGGAACUUUCGCUAUUUUGUCCAGUUUCGACGAUACAAGCUCCCGGUUGAGAUGGAAGAUGCAUUUAAUGAACCAUGCCUCUUCAACCUCUUCCAUCUUCUAAUUCGAGCAGUCCGCUUCCACUGGGAAGAGCUGAGGGUAGAUAACAUGCCGGCUUUUGAAGGACUCAUCGUAACCUCCGAAGAACUUCUACCUUCAGAAGCCAACAAAAAUGUUGUCAUUUGGCAGUACAUUUUUAUUCCCGGGUUCUUCCUCUGCUCCCCCUAUCUCUCGCUGACUGAGGGCAAUUCGAAUCGCUGUGAAACUGAUGUCAAAACUCCACCUAGCGGGCGAACCACUCGCCUUCCUCUGUCACGAUUUUACCACCAUCGCUUUCAUUCGCACUACUCUCAUACUCAUCAACCUCAUUUUCAUUUCCAUAUUCAGCCCCGCGCUUCUGCUCCCCGACGUUUGCUCCGUGUUCCAGCCAGCCACUUUCAUUUACCUUCUCAUUCUAUUCUCAAUUACUUUCACAUCUGUCGACCUCCACUUCAAGAACACUCUCCUCCUUUGCUGCGGCCACAGCACUCGACCUGUUACCCCAUGAACUUAUCGCGUUCGGGACUACAAUCAAGACAGUCCUCCACUCCUUGCUCUCGAAGACCACCUUGCUCCGGAUCUACAGAAGGCCAGCCGGCUAAUUUGUCUGGACCCUGGGUGUCCGAAGCAGUUGAAUUACCAUUCGAUACUGUCGAAACUCGACACAAUCCUCACACUAAUGUUGUUUCACCUAAGUGCAUGCACCAUUCACUUAUUCAGAGUCCCCAAAAUCAUCAACACCAUUUCCAUCAGCAUAAUCAAAAUCAGCAUUCUCGCGAUUCCAAUAACAACAAUAAUAAUGAUAACAGCGAUAUCCACGGUCAUAAGGUGCAUUCCCACCAUCCCUAUCUUGUUAACGGCCACCAACAUCACCGGCACCUCCGUCCUGUUAAUUAUUUUCAUCGCGACGACCAUAAUCAAUGUCUUAACUCACAAUCUACAAAUAUUCCAGCUUAUUGCUUAUAUGAGCCUCCUCAAACAGUCCAUGGACAUAACUCUAGUAGCCAAGAGGCGCAUCUAUCUCUACCUUCUUAUCCAUUUCAGUAUUUGCCUAGUCAUCCUCAUCAUUAUAGUCCUCAUCCUACUCUCUGUCAUCAUGGCCACCUCCAAGACCAGUGUAACCAUGAAACUUUGCCUACAUUCUCAUCUUCAGAUGUGCCACAUGCUCCAGCCAUACAUACCUCAACGUCUCGACCAGAAUCACCUUUAACCAGAACUGAUAUGGCCACCUCUAUUCAAGAGCUACAGUGUCCUGGUGACCGGAAAACAUUUGUGUCGGACGAAACUAAAUUUCAUCGAUGGCACAGACACCAGUUUUUAGGGUGUCCAAAUAGCCGUUCUCGGCCAACCAGCCCAAUUGAUGGCCUUCCAUUUUCUUUUCCUCCGACAGAUUUAAGUAACUCUGAUACCACGGUGUCAACGGAUUCACAACCCACCUUCCGGCAAGCCGGUCUGGCUGAGAUUGUUAAAAUGGAAUCUAUCCCUACAAAUCUACGGUGCUUGGGUGAGACAAACAACUUUCGAAAUCUUUUGGUAUUAUCUAGGUCAGAAAAAAUUUAUAUUUCGAAGGUAUGA